UCUGCUUCUUCUUCGGUCUGUGUGCCUCCGUCAUAUUGUUCUAAAAAAAUUCCAAGUGACUGAUGUAAAGUGAGAAAAUAUGGCGAGUCUUGGGGGCGAACAAUUAAUUUCUACAAAUAGUCAAUCAGAACCAGCUCCAAUUGAUAGAAGCCGUGAAGGGAGUGUAGAAAGAAAAGCAAUGGAGUGUUCCAAUAUGACGUCAAGUCUGCAUUGGUUUGCUCAGGCUGGUGGAGACGAUUCCAAUUCUAUUCAAGCCAGAGACCGUGAAGAAAAACUUCGACUAGCUAAAGAACGGCAAAAUGAAGAAAGGCAAAAAAAGAUUGAAGAGCUAAAAGCUCAGGCCGAGGCUGCACAAAAAUAUCGCGAGCAAAAAGAGGAAGAAAGGAAACGUCGCAUCGAAGAAAUAAGACUUCGAGAUACCGAAAAGCGACAACAGGUCGAAGAAAGGAAGAAAGCAAUAAUUGAAGCCGAAAAAGAACGCCGCGAAUAUAUACUUCGAAAGAACCAGGAGAGAGAGGCCAGAUUGGAGGUUAAGAAACGCGAUAGAAAUUCAAUUGGUUUUGCUUUUGGUUCAUCAACACCUCGUCUAUUGGAACCUGCAGAUUUUGGAACGGUUUCGCCUAGCAUUUAUUGGGGUCAUCGACGGUCAACGUCUAUAACAAAUGUUGCUUAUACUGGUGCUCCACUCUCACGUCGAAGUUCCGAGAGGGAGCUUGCAGACGGCUCAAAAAAGCGGGCAACAUCAGCCAGUGGAGCGGAUCGACAUGACGAUCAUCGUCGUAAGUCAUCAUCAAUGUACGAGGUUUUUAAUUGGGGCUAUUCGAAUGAUGAACCUCCCAAAAGGUUCUCCUUAUCAAUUGUUGGAAGUGAAAUAAACAUAGGCGAGCCCCCAACUACUACCAAACUACUACCAUCAGCACCACAGUGUUCUGCCCCUCGCAGACAAUAUUCAAAAAAUAUUUUCAAGGAGGAUAACGUCGAUACAGCUCACAUUGCUUUUCGAAGUGUGGCAAGGAGAAAAACCGAUCUAAUGCCAACAAUCCCUAGCCCGAGAGACACUCAUUACGGAUCGAAAUCUUCUUUAAGCACCACUCCCAGAACGCCAGGACGUGCCUUUUCAAUGAACCGUCUGGAUCAGUUGGCGCAACCAAUCCGUCGAAAUGGUGAGCACAUUCGCGCCAUUGUCGAACGCGAACGACAGCAUCAAUUAGAGAUGCUGAUGGAAACUGAAUCGUUAGAUUCGUCGACUAAUGCAGCAGCAAAGAGAAGCCGCAACCACCACGACGGAGGAAGCCGCAAAAAUAUGUCUCGCAGCAUGACUCAUUUAGUAUCGUCUGGACACACGAAGUUAAGCCAUUCGAAGCAUAUCGAUUCAGUUGGAUCAGCCUUCCGUCCAUUAAAUGAAAUGGAAUGCAAGGUUUUAAAUCAAAUAACAGCUCGCAGAAAAACCACCCAGAGUAGUAUUUCAACAGGUUAUCGAUCUGGUGAUGUGACACCAGGUGGCAGCAACAACACUUCUAGACCAGGAAGUGCAAUGUCCACAUCCACAAAUAUGUCUAUGUCUGGAUACGUGCACAGGCGUCCUGCAACGACACCAAGAAAACCAAGGCCAGCUAGUAUUGCAGGAACUGGUGUAUCACUUGAUGAAAUCAACAAACAAAGAGAAAAACACAGGACUCCAGUAAAGAAUAGUAAUCAGACUACUCCAAAACGCUCGAGUCUUAUGACGACUUCUACAUCUUCAUCUCGCGUUUCAAGUGUUGAAAGGAAAACGCCUGCAAAGAAGGAUGUGGCUCAAACUAGAGUACAGACAACACCCAAAUCUUCUCUCUUGAAAACAUCUAGUUCGGAAAAACUUAAAGAUAAAGCCAAAGAUAUGACUCAAUCUUUGAUUUUAGAAAAUCCGAAAACAAAAGAUGAAAAGAAUGCCCUCAAUGUUGUUAAAACAGAAGAAGCAUCAGAACAACAACAGCAACAACAAGUAGUUACAGUUGAUAGUUCUCCAUCAGAUGUUGACACAGAAACAAAAUCUAUGGUUGAAACAGUUAUUUCCAAUAAUGCUAUUGAAACUGAAGUAGCUGAAGAAAAAGCCGAUCAAGGUACUGAGAAAGAAAUCAAAAAGGAAGGAGGAGGAAACAACAGCAAGGAAGGUUCAGUAGUGCGAGAGGUGCAACUCUUGUCUGACAAACAAGAAAUGAAUGAUAUGUCAGCAUCUAUGAUAGCCAAAUCGAAGAUAACUACUGAAGAAGAAGCAAAGGCUGCAUUGGCCGAACGCCGCAGGGUCGCUCGUGAAGAAGCCGAACGUCAAGCUGAGCUUGAACGUCAACGUCUGGAAGCUGAACGUUUGGCCGAAAUCAAACGUCAAGAAGAAGAGGCCGAAAGAGAGCGUAAGUUUGAAGAGGAAGCUACUCGAUUGGCUCAGGAACAGCGUAAAGCCGAAGAAGAACGAUUGCGACAAGCAAUUGAGGAAGUAAGACUACGCGAAGAAGAAGAGCGACUAAGACGCGAGGAGGAAGAAAAGCAAAGAGUGGAACGUGAAGAAGCUGAGAAAAAAGCUAAGGAAGAGGCAGAGAAGCAAAAAAUUGAAGUAGCUGAACGCCUGAAACGCGAAGAGAAAGAACGCGAAGAAAGAAGAAAACGCGUUGAAGCUAUUAUGUCUCGAACAAGAAAAGCAGGAUCUGCAAACACGCCCAAUUCAACACCUGUAAAGGAAAGCGAAAAUUCCAAAGCCGAAAAGGUAGUCCCUCCAGUACAAACACCAGUGACUGAAGUCAAAUCUAUAAUUGACGAUAGCAUCAAAAGCCAAACAGACGUGACUGCGACACCAAUAACAACAGCAACAACAGAAUCUAAAGAAAAUGUUGUAGCAUCAAAUGAUAAUAGUGCAACCACACUAGAGCCACAAAAUUCACAGGCCAUGUAUGAGCAAUCUGUUAUGGACAAAGAAAGCGCAUUAAUGAAAAGUUUUUCUGCUAUGAUCAUUGAUGAGAACACUAAGAACUUGCAUAAUCUUCAACAAAAUCAAUUAGUUGAUGUUACAAAUGGUAAAAUUCCCGAAUUCCCUAGCAGUGAAGAUCUUCUUCAUAAUACAGUGGCAAAUGGAAAUGGCCACUUAGAGAAUAUUAAUAAUAAAAAUGAAAUUAAUAUUCUUCAAGAUGUUUCCUCAACGAAUCAACUUAUUGAUCUUAGUAUUGAGUCACAAGAUAUCAACAACGCUGUGAAUUUCAACAAUAACAAUAGCUUAUUGGCAACUACAACUACACUAGUCAAUGCUGAUAGUCACGAAAAUAAAGAAAUAUCGUUGCUGUGAGUCUAAGCAAAUAAAACAAUAUUUUGGACUAUAUAAGCAACGGGGAAUGAAUGUUUUCAAGAUGUGCGUAAAAAAGAUAUGGUUACUAGACCUUAAGGCUAAACAUUAGUUUAUAGAUAAAUAAAAUUAAAAAUUAUAAAAAAAAAUGUUCCUCCUCAAGAUGUGUGGAGUAAAAAAAAAGUAUAUGUGUAUUAAAAAAAACAAACUGAGAAAAAAAGUAGUUACAAACAAAAAAAGCAAAACAAAAGUACGGAAGGCAAAAAAAGAGCAAGAAAAGAUGGCAAAAAAUGGAAUAUCUAAUGUAUUUUCGCAUUAUAGAUAAAAAAUAAUAAGCAAAAACAAAUAUAUUUAUAUUAUAAACUUACUAAUAUCUAAUUAACAAAUAUUUUUCGAUUGUACGCAAUAAAUUAUUACUAUUAUUAUUAUAUUAACUAUAUAUUAAAACUAUUCUAGAACGUAGAACAAAAAAAAUUCAAGGUAGAGAUUUAAUGGUGAUUGCAAUACAUCUACAGUAUUGCAUGUAGUCUCCUGAUAAAAAAAAAAAAAAAAAAACAAAAAACACAAUAACUGCUACAAUAUUCAAACAUUCAGCACAAAAAUAUCAUUUUGUCACGUUAUUGAUUGAUUGAAUGUUUCCAAUAGUUUUUUUAUUUUUUAAUUUUUCAAAUUUAUAAUCAACCCCUAUCACAAAAUCCUUCGAAAUUCAAUUCAAUGAAAAUUCAACAGAAAAAAAUAUUAUCGCAGAAUUCUUUUGCAUAAAUUAUCUCCAAGGGCAGCAAUUAUUUUUUUUUUUUUCAAAUUCGCAAAAGAUUAGAACGAUGGAUUCAGUGAUAGAGGUGAAUUAAUAGCCGAAAAUAAAUAAUAUUUCACACUAAAAGAACGAGAUUAAAAUAAUAAAUUGAUAGCUUUUUUUACACAUACAUAGUUAUAUGAUUAAAAAUACAUCGUUAACUUACCACACUAUACAAGGGCAACAUGAAAAUUAAUAAUUUAUAUGAAUUUAAAAAAAAAAGAAAAGAAAAGAUAAAUAAUUCAAGAUCAAUUUCUUGCGUAUAACGUACUAACUAAUGAGUAAUUUAAUUAUAUGUAUACAGUUAUACCAUCUACCAGUAGUAGUUUAAAAUUUAUCAAAAAAAUGCUUUACCAACUAUAUAAAUUAUAUAAUGUACGUGUAAACAGAAAAAUAUUUGUUCGUUUCGAAACCUUUUUCUAAUAGACUUAUAUAACAAAAAAAUAUUACUAAAAAAAAAACUAACUUGCACUAAAUGCUGUAAUGUUGCGAAUGCACACAGAAUUUUUGCAGAAUUCUUAAAAAAAAAAAAACAAAACAAAUAAGCAAAAGCAACAAAACAUAAAAAUAAUAAAAACAAACAA